CGCUUCCUGCCUGGAUGCCAGUAGCCAAGAUGGCGGCGGCGAUGGAGGUCCGGAUGCCCGCUGCUCGCCCGAGGAUGGCGCCCAGCUUGCCCACGGGGGGAUCCGGCGACCGGGACCUGGUGGCCCCCGGGGACACCAUCACCACGGACCCCGGGUACAUGAGGGGCCACGGGACCUACCUAGGAGAUGAGAAGCUUAUUGCCUCGGUGGCCGGCGUCGUGGACCGGGUGAACAAGCUGGUCUGUGUGAAGGCGCUGAAAACCAGGUAUAAUGGUGAAGUUGGAGACAUUGUAGUUGGGCGAAUUACAGAGGUUCAGCAGAAGCGAUGGAAAGUUGAGACCAAUUCCAGGUUGGAUUCUGUCCUCCUGCUUUCGUCUAUGAAUCUUCCCGGAGGGGAGCUGAGACGAAGAUCAGCUGAAGAUGAGCUGGCCAUGAGGGAUUAUCUGCAGGAAGGAGAUCUUAUUAGCGCAGAAGUCCAGGCGGUCUUUUCGGAUGGGGCGGUAUCCCUCCACACGCGGAGUCUGAAGUAUGGAAAGCUCGGCCAAGGGGUGUUGGUUCAGGUCUCCCCUUCUCUGGUGAAACGGCAGAAGACGCACUUCCACGACUUGCCGUGUGGGGCCUCCCUUAUCCUCGGCAACAACGGGUUUAUCUGGAUCUAUCCGACUCCGGAGCAGAAGGACGAAGAGGCCGGAGGCUUCGUCACCAACAUGGAGCCUGUUCCCCUGCCGGACCGUGAAGUCAUCUCUCGCCUCCGAAACUGCAUCACAGCUCUGGCGACUCAGAAACUGAUGCUCUACGACACCAGCAUCCUCUACUGUUACGAAGCUUCUCUUCCUCACCAGAUCAAAGAUCUUCUCAAGCCCGAGGUGAUGGAGGAGAUUGUGCUGGAGACGCGGCAGAGACUGCUGGAGCUAGAAGGAUAAAUGUGGAAGAGAGGGGCAAACAUCAGCUGAACGAAGUGUGGGUUCAUCCCUUUUCUUUGAGCAAUCCAGCUUUUGUGAGGUUUAUUUCUGAGGACAGAAUUUCUGGAGAACGAAAUUUCUUAUAGGUCCUGCACAUGAAAGAACAUCAGAAGUGAGGGACACUCGUCGCAAAGAUUAGAGAAAAAUAUCCAGGGUUUGGGAAGGGGGGGGAGAAGGAACCUGUCACGUUUCUCCUUCUGGUCCAUUUCUUUUUGUUAAGGACCUCUUUCCACUUGCCCUGCAGAUUGUUUCAGCUUCUCUGGACCUCCCUGUGAAGCCCAACUCAACAUAUCCUGGUUUGGGGCAGUGGGGGAUCCAUUUUCCAAGCAGAGUACCUUCCUCCUUAGCCAAAGGUGGCUUUCACAUUCCUGACCUCUAGCCAGCAGAGUUGAGUGCUCCUAUGAUGAUGUGAAUUCUAGAUGUAUGUCUCUCUUUCUACAUAUAUAUAUAUAUAAGUGGUUUUGUUUGGCAGCUUUUCUACAAGGUUCUCCGACUGCGAGGAACUUUGCUAUUUUUGUACUCGACACCAUUACCUAUGAAGCAGUAAAUGUUUCCAUUUAAGUACUGUAA